AUUUGGCGAAAUGUUCAAAAGGUUGCGUUGACGUUAACUUGGUCCUAGUCACAAUCAGCCCGUAGUUUUGAAAUGCCGGAUCGCUCGAAGCGUAUUAAGUUAUAUGACGACGGAUUCACGGGACAGGACUCUUACUACAGGAGUGAUAGAUUCAAAUCUAUUGGAUCUGAUAUUUCAGUGUUGGUGAAUUUUGUUGAGUCAAUUACUAACGAGGAUGUGGAUGAAUUAGUUGUUGAUGUCGUUGCUGGGGGAGAUGUUGUUCAGAUACUCAAAUUUCUUGAUUCCGGUCAAGAUCGAAAGGCAGGAGAGCUUCAUGCAGUCUUCAAAGCGCUGUACAUUAUUAUCUUGAAAACAUCUCACGAGUUAAGCAGUCGUUUUCCAAAUGUGGCUAGAGAGCUUGCCGAGGGCUUUCUUGAAGACUCUCGCUUCUCAUUAUGCCUCAAUACAAUGAGGAAGUCUCAGAAUGCGGAAAUCUUAAAGACAUCUCUCCAACUUUUAGCAUCCGUUGUGACAGUCAGUGAAGAUUUAGCUCGAGCGGUCUUGAGAUAUAUUGAUUUCGAUAACGCGACGAUGAAGAAAUGUUCUCAAAGAAGAAACCUUGUCGAUAAAUGUGACGUCCGGACGUGCUUCAUAAAUUUUUUGGCUUCUUUUGUUUAUUUAGACAACAAUUUUGUUCUAAGAGAACUAGUAGACAAGAAAGGUGCUCUGGAUCUGCUCAUUAGUGAGUCUUUUGUGGACAAAUAUUCAAACGUAAUUCUAAUCUUAUGCGUCCUCAAGAAAGUAGCUGAAAACAGUUCAGUCAGCAAAACACAGCGAGUACGUGUAUUCAAUCGACAUUGUCUUCAAAAGUUAACAUCUUUGUAUCUGUGGCGAGGGGAGGGUAAGACUGUCGAUGAAGUACUGAGAAAAGAUAAUGCUGAAGUGAAUGAACAUGAGUUAGUGUCGAUCAGAGACACCGUACACAACCUCCUAACUCAUCUUUUCACAUCUAGUCGAUUUGGGCUAGUGUUUUCGAAUAAGUUUGACGUUAACGUUCAGUACAAUCGUUUAAUACUACAAUGCUUGACGUCCGCUCAUAUGGAGGAUGCAUAUACGGACCCCUUACGUACUGAAUUGGUUGUCGUAGCGCUCUGUAAAUGUCCAGAUUUAUUCCCACAUUACCUCGAUCAUUUGGCUCCUAGUUUAUAUCCACGGGAUUCACCUAGUUGGUUUUGUUUAAUCGAAUUUGUUUUUCACAUCUACAGAUCGAUUAGCAAAUAUAUCGUUCAGUUCACUAUAACCGCACUAACUCAUUCACUGACGAUUGAAGUAUUAGCUACUACCAUAGCAAAUUUUUGUGUCUUGUCACCGAAAAUGAUUGAUCCUAUCAGAAAAGCCUUACAGUAUGAUAAAUCGUCUGAUGUUAAAAAUAAGGCCAUUGAACUUAUGGGAUACUUGAAACAACUGUUGAAAAUCCCGUUAACUUGGCUUUCACUAAACCAGCUACCAAGUACAAUGAAUUUUACAUCAGACCAGUUAAAAAUGAAGAUUGAAUUGCUUAUUCGUGAACGUAUACCUGAUUCCAGAUGGUUAGUUCACUUUCAAAAGCUAUUUAAAAAGAAUUUAAACGACCCUAUCUUAUUGAUAGACCAAGUUGUAUCUUCUACCGAUCAAAGUGAACCAGAGGAGGUUUUCGAAGAAGCAAUCAAAAUAGAAGAUAUGGUGAACUCCAUUGAACAAUCUCUAAAUGAUCUACCAGAAGAAAUAAGAAAGGUAUUCAAAAAUCUUGAAAAAUCUGUUUCUGGAGAUUGUAAUAAUCUAUCUGCGGAUGUCAUAGAUACUAUUAAUGAAUUGCCAGGAAUAACUAAGUCAUGCUUCAAACAUUAUUCAAAUUAUCCAGUAGUAUAUCAAUACUUAUCGAAAUUUAUUCAUUUUCUGUAUAAUAAUACAUCAUUAAUUGUAUUGUACAAACCAAAAAUAUUUUUCAAAUCACUUUUAAAAUAUGUUAAUUUAACAACAGUACUGUUCACAAAUGUUACGUUGCAACACCAACCAAUGAAUGCGAAAAUCCCAACUAUUUUAGAUCAACAUUUAUUAAAAGAAUAUUUAUUCAAGUUUCUAUUAGAAAUAGCUUCUAUUGCACCGAAAGUUGUUUAUAGACAUAUUCCAGUUUUAUGGUUAUUAAGCGCAUAUAAUGCUACAAUGAGUUCACUUGAUCAAACUAUUCUCAAAUUGGUUUAUCUCCUGGAAAAAUUUUCACCAGGAUCAUUAACUCAGUCCAGGUAUAUUGUUUGGGGUUCAAGUCUAUGUAAACAUUAUCAAUUCGAUUUACAAACUAACAUCUUAAAUCAUCCAACUUUAUUACAUCAACCGAAUAUAAAUACGUUGUUCAAUGUAUUAGACGAUAAUCAAUUGUUAGAUUCAGCGUAUAACUUCCCUUUAUAUCGAAGAUGGUUUACUAUUUCGAAUUCGCAUGUCAAUGAUUCAAAGAUUGUAGAAAUUAAUCGUAUACAUGAUCCAUGCUUCGUUCUACAUGUGUUAUAUUACUAUCUUCAGUGUUUUUCAGAAGAUUGUGAGCAAAAUAAUUCCAAUGUUAUCAAACCUGUUCAAUUUCUGAAAAUGUUCUAUGUAAAAAAUUGUUUGUGUUAUGCUGUUGCCGGAUUAUCGAGUUAUUCGAAACAUAUGCGAAAUAUGGCUAGAACAAUUAUCGGGAUAUAUCGAAAGUUGCUGGGUUUAUAUAUCUCUGGCAAUUCAACAACCCCAAAUAAUUAUGAUCAUUCAGAAAAACGAAUUAAUUUAUCUUUUAAACAUUUUCCUGAAGGCCAACAAAUUGCCUUUGUUCUUGAUACAUUACGCAAUAGUUUAUCACAUGGCGGUGGGUCUAUUCUCGGUGGUGGAAGUCGUAAAGCUAAAUCAUUCCAUAUAUCCAUCGAUUCAGGUGGACGUUUAACAAAAAUUCAUGCAAAUUUCUUUAUCAGAGUUUUAAAAAUACUCAGUCAACCAGAAAAUCAUAUGUUUCAGCCUAUUUGGAAUUGUUUAUUGGCAAAACCCGCAAUAGAUUUAAGAUAUGUACCGGAAUUUUUAAGAUUAUACUUUUCAACAAAUAAUAAGUUCACCAUUGAACGUCAAUGGAUUGUUCGAUUGUGUGUUGAUAGUUUAGGUGAUCCAGCAGACUAUUUAGUGAUGGAAAAUUCUUUAGUAUUCAAGCACAUUUUGUGUGCUUAUUCAUUACCUUCAGCUGAUAUGAGUUUCAAGUUCUCAGUUUUACGAUUACUUGUAAACGCUACAAAACACAGUCGAAUUGUACACGCACUUAUAAGAUUUCAUUCAAUCUUACUUUGGCUUUCACGUCAUGCAACAGCUUCAGUCAGUUGUGAAGAACAAAGAAAGUUGUUUUUAUGUAUACUGGAAAAUAUUCAUAAUGCUUUAGCUGAGAAAUCAUCCAAUCAGCCUAUCAUGGAUAUAGUAAAUCUGAUAAAAGAUGAAUGUUCUGUGAAAAAGGAAAGCGUGAACUUGUAUGCAAUCGCAACGAUCCCUUCUGAAAGUUGAAACUACAUUCAUUUGUAAUCAUAUUAUUCAAUGCUCCGAGUUAUUUGUCAUUUGGUUGCAAAAUGAUAUGAUUUCUAGUAAAUCAGUUCAUUGCAUAUGCGUAGCACUUAUAUAAAUAAUUCAAAUAUCGUCCUGUGGUAUCUGAAAUCGUGAAUUUGAUUAACUCGAACAAUGUAGGAUGUGAAAAUGUAACGCAAUAUCUCAUUUCUCCAUGAUUUCUGUGAAUUUAAUGUAAGUGUUAGGCCAGCUGUUGAGGUGGCAUAAAUGACAGUGCAUUAAUAAGGUAUUCAAAGAUUCGAGUAGUUUAUAGAUUGACAGUUUAGACAGAUACUUUAAAUAGGAAAAUUGUACUAUCUUUAGCUCCCAGGACAUUAAAUAUAGUUAUCUACACCACAUAAACUAUUGUUGACUUCUUAUAUUGGUGGUACGCUUUAGUGUUCUAAUCAUCUAGGCUUUUCCUGAUUCCAUAAGUCACUCAUUAUUCGUCUCUCACUGAACCAAGAAUAUUUUUCUACAGAAACAAUAACCAAAUAACUUAAAUCUGAUACUUAAACGAAAUCAUUCGAUCGAAUUGUCUACCUAAGGGAGCUGAAAAAGCCUAGUUCGAAAUUUUAAAUGAAAAGUAUGGACAGCAGUCUACUGAGUUUCACUGUAGAACAGCACAUUCCGUAACGUAGUCUGUCUGCUUGGAGAAAUAAAAAUUGGACAUAGCAUACACAAACAAUAGCAUGAUAGAUGUAGUUCGCUACACUCGAUGAAUCAGGUAAUGGACUUAUCAAAGACAUCAACCAUGUCGGGAAUCCGUGUUAUAGUAUUUUCUGACUUACCAUGCUAAUGAAGAUUUUUCUUAGUUCGGGAAAAACUAGGAAUGCCAUUCGACAAGCUACCACUUUGAUAAAGUUAGUCUGUACAAUUUGAAGUGAUUGUAGUCGAAAUGACAAUAUUUGAAUUCACUUUGUGAUACAGAUGAGAAGACUUCAUACUACCACAUUUUGAAACACUAGUAUCCUAUCGUUCUCGCUGGUGUUAUCCUGAUGUAACAAAGUACACACACGUCUCGAAGCAUCUUUAGUGUGAAAACUAGCGGUACCACUCCUGAUAAGCGGAAUUGUAUGGUCAUUUUAUCCAGUUAGUAUACAGUCGUUUGAAUAUUUAUUAGCGAUCCCUUCAACUUACAUAAAUUUAACGUCUUGGGAGUAGCUUUGGGCCUUACGAAAAGUUUAUGUAAUCUUGUUUACUUCAAUUGGAUGUCGUGUUCAGAGAGCGGUCCAACAGGACACUGAGAAUAUUCCGAUUAAUAACGAAAUGAAGAUAGAUUAAACGACUCAGAUAAUUCUUUGCUACCGACUACCCAAUCAAGCUACUGCAGGACGACGAACUAGUCAACGUACAAAAACGCCAUCUUUCAGUGCCCAUGUUUUCUUAAACACAUCGAUACCGAAGGGCUCCAAAACUUACCAGCGCUCUUAGCAUGAGUAAUCCCCGUUUAUUAUCCAAACACUUAGGAAAGUACCUGGAUUGUUCGUGUAUGUGCUCUAAAGCUCCGGAUUACCAUCUAACUGUUCCAAAUACAGUUGCUUUUAAAGAACGAGGUCAGUGGUGACCUUAAUCAACUCUGGUUUUUAAAUCCCGGAAACCCCUUGGUAAGAUUUCACAAGCUAAUAUCACUCAGAAUCGAAUAAUUCCAUAGAUGGUUUGCCUCUCCCAGUCAACGCGCGGAGUUGAAUUACGGCUGGUACCAUAAAUCGUCCACACUUAAUAUGCUGCUCGAGGUGUGCUAUCUCAUUUCGCUUAUGCAUUUAAUAAAAUAUAUUUUGUUUAGCAGUGACCUUAACACAGAGCUUUCAGCCUGAAGUACUAUAGGAUUCAAGAGAACAUGAUCAGAUUAGUCAUGUGGUGUUGGGGUGUAAUGUGCUGCACUCCACGCUACUUGUCGAUCAGCUAAGUAGGCCAAAACUUAGGGAGCACAUAUGCUUCAUUAGAUCUAGCACCAUGCAGCUUACGGGGUGUAAAAGCCACCGGUCUGCUCCAUCCAACUCGUUUCUGAGUGCUGCUAAACUGUUUUCAUCAACACGUAGUGCCCACAUAGCACGCAAUGAACCCCUUACAGUCCCAAACAGUGUAGCUUUUUAUUCGACCGCAUUGUGAAUUACAAAGGAAAUUUACUAAUCUCGAGAGCUCCAAUAACACACACAUCUGAGUACAAACGUGAUAUAGUAAUAUUGUACCACUGAUACUCUUAAGAUCUAGACGGUUAUCCUCUGCUCGCUUGUUUACUAAUCGGUUAAACGAGUGGUAGUUUAUUUUUCGCAACAUUCAAUUAGUGAAUACCACGUCUCAGCUGACUAACGUUCGCUAAAGGUGAAUGGUUUUCUCUAAGCAUUACCUUACUAUAAGUACUUUAUUAUUCAAACACUGCACUUAGUUCAUAAUUCACGCGAUGGCUCAAAACCCGAUAUCACGAGAGUAGAGCAGCACAUUUAAGUUAUAUUCGAACCUACGCUGACAAAAUCAUGUAGAAUAUCAAAUUCAGAAGUACAUCUGAGUCAUGGGAAUUAAUAUAUACAGAACAGGUAAUUACAUUUCGAUCACUACGUAUCUUAAGUCAUUAAGUACAUCCAAUUCCAUUUGCGACUUACCUAGAUGCUACUUUGGAAAUCCUUACUACUCACAGGGUGGCGAGAAUAUGUUCUUGAGCUUGAAAUUACUUUAGAAACUGAGUGGUGUUAUUAACCCUUAUACAAUGCGACUGAUUCAAGUACAUAGCCAUGCAGCACACAAAGCAGAAUCAUCAAAAUCGAUUUGCCAACCACUACUUCUGUUUGUUCGUCACUUAUCUAUGCUACAUACUGACGCAGAUUAACUCAACCUAGUCACUACGAUGAAGCUGGUAUACAAAUUGUAAGCAAGACUACUUAACUGGGCACUACUUAAUAGACCAAAAAAGUUUUAAAGUAUAUUUACAAUAUGUACAAGGCAAGAGAAAUAUUUACUGUUUUUUGCUGCUGUUAUUUAACACGGUAAACUUGGUCAUUGGCUUGCCACCUAUACCACACGUCCCAACACCCACACGACCGUCCAGCGCUUCAGGAGAGGCGAAGAUACUUUUCUUUGUCUUCCCAGUUUUGAUCAUUAUCUUGCUGAAAUUAAGCCAACGGUUUUUCUCCUUUUCGCAAAACGACUCAAUCUCUACUUCCCUUUGAAGAAGACGUUUUUUAAUCUUCUUCUUUUCUAUAGCACGAGAUUUCGUGUCAUGUCUGCAGAUUCAUUUGUAGAAAUGUAGGAACUUACUUUUUCUUUUUCACAAUAGGAGUAACUGUCGUGACCGGCUUUAAGUGACACAGCUGCAAAAGAAACAUGCUUGCGAUGAACGUGAUGUAUAGAGAUCAAGUAUUGUAUAUAAACAGACAUCUCAGGUUUGUUUAAACCAAAAUAUUCACUCACGAUUAAUUUCCCCACGAACCGUUGAUUGCUGUCAUCCCAAUUAUCAAGCGGACGGCUUCAAAGUACCAUACGUCUCGUGCUUGAAUGUAUACAAAAAUUUAACGGCAGCCGCAAAUGGUAAGACAGUUAGGACAAACCAAUCUUUAAAUAGGUAUUUUCUAGCUAAAACGAAGACCUAAUUACGUAGACAAGUUUUAUUAAGAUUCUUCAUAAGGAAUAUGAAAAACUAAAGUCCCAUAAAAGGCUUAUAAUUAUACAGCUGCUACAGUUGCUGGGCAAAAGAUCAGUUCCCUACUUCAGACAAACUUAAAAGCUAUUUUAGUAAGCCUACCAAGUGGACAAAUACAGCAAAGAUAUAAAAAUGUAGCAAGAACACACCUGGAUACGUCCGUUGUAUCGUACAUAUCGAAAUUAACGACGCAGCUUACAUCCCCAAGAAAUUCAAGUAUUGUAGCGCGGUAGUAACUACUAAGUAACACGAGAAUUCAGGAAAACCUACAGUUUGUCACGGGAGCACAUGGCCAUGCACUGAUCGCCAACAUUCCACGAUACUUCUGGUGUAUCAGAUGUUCUGCCCAACAAUUCAAGUGAGAGUUUGAUGACUUCCUCGAGAUCUCGUUUGAGCUGGAGAAGUUCCCCGUUUUCUGGAUCUAGCUCGAGAGCUGCUUCGACCUAAACAUAAAGAAACAUAAGGCACUUGAAACGAACCUGCUGAAGUUGCAGCUUGUGGUUCAAAAGGUCUAAUUGCGGAUCAUCAGACAUCUUUAGAAAUCAGACCUGUAUAUGGCGCUAUAUACGUAGUC